AUGCCCAAGAAGUCUUCCGCCCCCCCUUCUUCCACUCCGGCGCUGAAAAAGACGCCUUCAUCUGGUGGCCAGAAGACGUUACUAGGCUUCUUUUCCAAAACACCUUCCAGCGGUUCUCCCGCUCCGCUACCCGUGUUACCUGCGAAGAAGACCGCGACUGCUCCCGCACCUCUGAAGAAUCGGUCAAAGUCAGCUGGAAUAGCCUCUGGGUCUUCGUUGACGCCUGUCCCUAGUAGCGAUGGUCCUCAACCGGAAGAUGAAGAAGAGGACAUUAAGGCGAGUUCGCCUCCUGCCAGAGGUCUGCCGUCGCCAGUGUCAGCUGACGAAGGGCAGACUAAUGGUCUGGACGAUCUGAAUGCUCGUGGAACGCCGUCACGAAAGGCGAAGAAAAAGACCAUCAGUUACGUCGAGUCCGAUAGUGAAGGUACUGAUGAUGAUGUGUUCAAACCCAAGCCUGUCGCCCGUGCUCGACCUACGAAGCGGAGGAGACUCUCAGAUAGUGCCGAUGAGGAUGUCUAUCAACAGGAGAAUGCGGUAGAGCAAGAAGAUGAUGACAUGGACGACUUCAUUGCUCCUGACGACUCAGAAGACGACGUGAAACCCUCUAACAAACGCAAACGGCCCACGAAACCGGCUCCACGAAAAGUCUCGUCCCACUUUACCCCUUCGACCGAUGCGGACGCUGGCGACGUGGACAUGGGCAUGAACAUGGAUUUGGACCUAGACCUGCCAGAUACCUCGACUGCUCAAAAAUGGACAUACGACCCCGAGAAUCCGCAACCACUGCAGCCACGGUCCUCGAACAUUCCCUCCAGAGAACCCGGCAGCAAGAAACAACGGGCACACAUGACGGAACCAGAACAACGACAUGCUUGGCUCGAGGACAUCAGAGACAUUGAUAGGAACAAGCGUGAUCAUCCUGACUUCGACCCUCGUACAUUGUACAUACCACCCAUGGCAUGGACCAAGUUCUCUCCAUUCGAGAAGCAGUACUGGGAGAUCAAGCAAAAGUUCUGGGAUACCAUUGUCUUCUUCAAGAAGGGAAAGUUCUACGAAUUGUAUGAGAACGAUGCUACCAUCGGACACCAGUUGUUCGAUCUCAAGCUGACCGACCGGGUGAAUAUGCGGAUGGUCGGCGUCCCGGAGUCGAGUUUGGGUUUGUGGGCGAACCAGUUCGUUGCCAAAGGAUUUAAGAUUGCUCGUGUUGACCAACUAGAGUCGAAACUUGCCAAAGAUAUGCGUGAGCGUGAUGAGACGUCGACAAAGGCUGGCAGUAAAAAGCCUAGCAAGGACGACAAAGUCAUCAAAAGAGAGCUAGCGUGUGUGCUCACCGCGGGAACCUUGGUUGACGGGACCAUGUUACAAGACGACAUGUCCACCUACUGCGUUGCGAUUAAAGAGUCAGAGAUCGAAGAUUUGCCGGCAUUUGGCCUUGCAUUCGUUGACACAGCUACUGGUCAAUUUCACAUCACACAGUUCGUGGACGACGCCGACAUGACCAAGUUCGAGACGUUCAUAGCACAGACCAGGCCACAGGAGAUCCUGCUCGAGAAGGGCGGUAUCACAACGAAGACCCUACGAAUACUCAAGAACAACACUGGUCCUACGACCAUUUGGAACUACUUGAAGCCAGGGAAAGAGUUCUGGGAAGGGCAUAUUACUGCCAAGGAGAUUGAGGCUUGUGAUUACUUUCCAAUGGACUGGCCUGAGGUUCUUGAACAGUCCAAAGACAAAGAUCUGCUGAUGUCCGCCCUUGGUGCUCUGAUUCAGUACUUGAGGACACUGAAAAUAGAGCGAGAUCUCGUCACACUAGGGAACUUUACCUGGUACGAUCCUAUUCGCAAGGCGACAAGUCUGGUCCUGGAUGGCCAAACACUUAUCAACCUGGAAAUAUUCGCCAACUCCUUCGAUGGCGGAGUCGAAGGCACUUUGUUCCAACUGUUGAACCGAUGUAUUACUCCCUUCGGCAAACGUAUGUUCAAACAAUGGGUCUGUCACCCUCUGAUGGAUACGGAGAAGAUCAAUGCACGUCUGGAUGCUGUGGACUCACUCAAUGCUGAUACCAAGGUUCGUGAUCGAUUUACCUCGCAGAUGACGAAGAUGCCAGAUCUGGAGAGGCUGAUAUCUCGCGUUCAUGCUGGUACUUGUAAAGUCCAGGACUUUGUGAGAGUACUCGAAGGCUUUGAACAGAUCGACCACACAAUGUCUCUGUUGCGUGAUGGAUCAGGAAAGCCUCAAGAUAGUGAAGGGGUCAUUGGCCAACUCAUAUCUGCCAUGCCCGAACUGGAAUCUCGCCUCAAAUACUGGAUGGAUGCGUUUGACCGCAAAAAAGCAAAGGACACUGGCGUUCUCGUCCCUGAACGUGGCUUCGAGGAAGACUUUGACGAGUCGCAAGACAACAUUGAUGCUAUACAAGAGGAGUUUAAUCUGCUUCUUCGGCAAUGGCGGAAAGAACUUGGUUCAUCUGCAAUAUGCUAUCGUGAUAACGGCAAAGAGAUCAUGCAAUUGGAGGUUCCUACGAAAGUCAAGGGCAUUCCAAAGAAUUGGGAUCAGAUGUCGGCCACGCAAGCAGUCAAAAGAUGGUAUUUCCCAGAACUGCGAGCACUCGUUCGAAGGCUUCAGGAAGCUCAGGAGACGCAUUCUCAAAUUGUCAAUCAAGUUGCCCGUCGGUUCUAUGCCCGCUUCGAUGAGAACUACGAUAUAUGGCUCGCGGCGGUCCGCAUCAUAGCUCAACUCGACUGUCUCAUCUCUCUGGCAAAAGCAAGUACCAGUCUCGGCCACCCGAGCUGUCGACCUGAGUUCAUUGAAGGCGAUGAGAGUACUCGUUCUACGCUCGACCUCGUCGAGCUUCGCCAUCCAUGUCUAUUGACACAGGUGGACGACUUCAUCCCGAACGACGUUGUCCUCGGCGGUGACACGGCCAACAUCAGUCUUCUGACUGGCGCGAACGCAGCUGGCAAAUCAACGGUGUUGAGAAUGACCUGCAUUGCCGUGAUCAUGGCCCAGAUAGGAUGUUAUCUGCCUUGUCAAUCUGCGCGUCUUACGCCCUUUGACCGCAUCAUGUCCCGACUUGGUGCACAGGACCACAUCUUCGCCGCGCAGUCGACCUUCUUCGUCGAGUUGGCCGAGACCAAGAAAAUUUUGUCCGAGGCCACGCCCCGCAGUCUCGUCAUCCUGGACGAACUUGGCCGCGGCACUUCCUCUCACGACGGUGUGGCUGUCGCCCAGGCCGUUCUGCACCAUCUCGCUUCACAUAUCGGCUGUCUAGGCUUCUUCGCGACACACUAUCACUCGCUCUCCGCGGAGUUUAAGGGACAUCCGGAGAUCGUGGCGCAGCGAAUGAAGAUCCUGGUUGACGACGAGAACAGGCGAGUCACGUUCCUUUACAAGCUUGAGGCAGGAACUGCCGAGGGUAGUUUCGGCAUGCACUGCGCGAGUAUGUGCGGAAUUGCGGCGAAUGUGGUCGACAGAGCUGAGGAGGCGGCUAGGGAGUGGGAGUAUACCAGUUUGAUGGCGCGGCGACUCAAAGCGGGAGAAAGUGACGGUGAUGAAGCUGAAAAGCAGAAGGAGGUGCCGCUGGGGAUGUUGAGUGAUUUGGCAUGGAUGCUUGAUGAAGAGAAGAGUGGGGAGGUCACUGACCGUGGAAUCGAGGCGCUGGUCAAGUGUAUCGAGGGUUUGUGA